AUGCAAUCCACUUCCGAGGCUGAAAAGCGCGCCCCGGCGCCUCGCGAGGAGAAGGAGCGGCCAAAGCUGCCCAAGCAAGUGACCCGUCUGACUCUGUCCAACAAGCUGCGUCGCUCGAUUGCAAAGGAGGCGCGCACUGAUGGGAAUACCAACAAGCUCUGGGAAGCGGCCAGCUCGCUGUCCAGCAUCCACGGGCAGUACGCGCGGUCCGGGAAGCCAGCGACCGAGCUUGAGAUUGACCUGCACGACCUCUGGUUCACCUACUACCAUGCCGCCAAGAACACGCUCGCCGACAAUCCGAUUCUGGACCGGCUCGUCGUCCAGAUUCUCCAAGCUCGAGAGAUCGGCCCCCUGCAGCGGACGUCUUCAGCCGAUACCGGCUCCGUCGCAACCACGGCGUCUACUUCUGACGGCAUCAUCUGGACCGACCUGCCGUUCCUGGUCCCCGACAUGACCUAUUUCUGGCUCGAGGACUGGGCCAAGAUGAGUGCCAGCAGCCGGCUCGGCUUUUCCACAUUCUUGGCCAAACUGGCGUCGGUGGGAAUCUGUCGCGACCGGUUCUGCAGCAUCGCUCUCAUGCUGCUCCGAGACACUCUGGAGACGGCGCGCCCACUCGGCGUCUGUGUGGGCGACGACGACAAGGAUAAAGAGCGCUCCGCCGAGAAGCCUGCCCGCCGACAGCAAGACGUGACCGUUACCGAGCUUCUGCCCGCAGUGAAUGCGUGGAUGUUUUUCGCAGGGCGCAAGAUAGUCCAGCUCGCCGACACUCGAUGGAGCGGCGACGAUGGGGGCCUGGGGCCACUUCUGCGCGCCGAUCCGUCGAGCAGCGCCAUGUCGGCGGGCGGGUUCAGCCCAGAAAGGUGGAUACAUUGGCUCAAGAGGAUGGAGCAGAUUGCGGAGGAAGCCGAGAGUGCAGGGGAUGCUCACCUCGGCGGGCUGACGCGGAGGUACAUGGAUAACAUGCUCGCUGUCGCUGAUGAGAUGGAUUCGGCGGUCAAAAGGCUGUUGAAGGACUCCCCUGGCGUGAUUCGACAUCAGCCGAUGACACUGGAGCUUGGGCCAAAGUAG